CGCACAGGGACUGACGGACAGCGGCGGUGGCAAGGGAGGACUGAGGACCGCUGCCCCGCGCCUAGUCCGGGAGGCGUGCAGGUCCAGCGGCGGAUAGAGGUCUCCUCUGAAGCAGCUGGAGCUCAGCGGGCCUCACCACCCCUGAGGAGCAGGCCAGCCAAGAGAGCAGAAAGGGAUGGCAGGAAACCCACCAGGGCCCGAGGAGUGACCCUCAGCUACAGCUCCUGGGACCUGGAGGCUCCUAGUCGGGGGACUGCACCAUUGGGGAGACUCAAGAAGAAUUGAUACGUCAGUCCCUGGUGACAUGUACACGGUGUAAUGACAGGAAAUGAGCAGGUUUGCAGAGAAGCUGCUGGCUUGAAAUUUAAGAAGGCAUCGUUGCUUGGCUCCGGCUGAGAACAUGGCCAAUGGCAUUGACGAGCUGAUCGGCAUUCCCUUCCCCAACCACAGCAGCGAGGUCCUGUGCAGCCUGAACGAGCAGCGGCAUGACGGGCUGCUCUGCGACGUGCUCCUGGUGGUGCAAGAGCAGGAGUACCGCACCCACCGCUCUGUGCUGGCCGCUUGCAGCAAGUACUUCAAGAAGCUUUUCACGGCCGGCACCCUAUCCAGCCAGCCCUACGUCUACGAGAUUGACUUUGUCCAGCCCGAGGCGCUGGCCGCCAUCCUGGAGUUCGCCUACACCUCCACGCUCACCAUCACCGCCUCCAACGUCAAGCACAUCCUCAAUGCGGCCAGGAUGCUGGAGAUCCAGUGCAUCGUGAACGUGUGCCUGGAGAUCAUGGAGCCUGGGGGGGAUGGGGGGGAGGAGGAUGACAAGGAGGACGAUGAUGAUGACGAAGAUGACGAUGAGGAGGAUGAAGAGGAAGAGGAGGAGGAAGAGGAGGAAGAGGACGAUGACGACACGGAGGAUUUUGCCGAUCAAGAAAACUUGCCUGACCCGCAGGACAUCAACUGCCACCAAAGCCCUUCCAAGACGGACCACCUCUCGGAGAAGGCCUAUUCGGAUACUCCGAGGGACUUUCCCGAUUCCUUCCAGGCAGGCAGCCCGGGCCACCUGGGCGUGAUCCGGGACUUCUCCAUCGAAUCUCUGCUGAGGGAGAACCUGUACCCCAAAGCCAACAUCCCCGACAGGAGACCCUCCUUAUCUCCGUUCGCCCCGGACUUCUUUCCACACCUCUGGCCAGGGGACUUCGGUGCCUUCGCCCAGCUGCCCGAGCAGCCCAUGGACAGUGGGCCCCUGGACCUGGUCAUCAAGAACCGCAAGAUCAAGGAGGAGGAGAAGGAGGAGCUGCCCCCACCCCCACCGCCGCCCUUCCCCACCGACUUCUUCAAGGACAUGUUCCCGGACCUUCCCGGGGGGCCGCUGGGCCCCAUCAAGGCAGAGAAUGACUACGGUGCCUAUCUCAACUUCCUGAGUGCCACCCACCUGGGGGGCCUCUUCCCGCCCUGGCCACUGGUGGAGGAGCGCAAGCUGAAGCCCAAGGCCUCUCAGCAGUGCCCCAUCUGCCACAAAGUCAUCAUGGGGGCCGGGAAGCUGCCUCGGCACAUGAGGACCCACACCGGGGAGAAGCCAUACAUGUGCAGCAUCUGCGAGGUCCGCUUCACCAGGCAGGACAAGCUGAAGAUCCACAUGAGGAAGCACACGGGCGAGCGGCCCUACCUGUGCAUCCACUGCAAUGCCAAGUUCGUGCACAACUACGACCUCAAGAACCACAUGCGCAUCCACACGGGCGUGCGGCCCUACCAGUGCGAGUUCUGCUACAAGAGCUUCACGCGCUCCGACCACCUGCACCGCCACAUCAAGCGCCAGAGCUGCCGCAUGGCCCGGCCCCGGCGCGGCCGCAAGCCUGCCGCCUGGAGGGCCGCCAGCCUGCUCUUCGGGCCCGGGGGCCCAGCCCCGGAGAAGGCGGCCUUCGUGAUGCCGCCAGCGCUGGGCGACGUGGGCGGCCACCUGGGCGGGGCCGCCGUGUGCCUCCCUGGUCCCAGCCCAGCCAAGCACUUCUUGGCAGCGCCCAAGGGCACGCUGAGCCUGCAGGAGCUGGAGCGCCAGUUCGAGGAGACGCAGAUGAAGCUGUUCGGGCGCGCUCAGCUCGAGGCCGAGCGGAACGCGGGGGGCCUCCUGGCCUUCGCGCUGGCCGAGAACGUGGCCGCCGCGCGGCCCUACUUCCCGCUGCCCGACCCUUGGGCCGCGGGCCUGGCCGGCCUCCCCGGGCUCGCUGGCCUCAACCACGUGGCCUCUAUGUCGGAAGCCAACAACUAGGCUGGUCCUCGGUCAACCCCAGCCCUGCUUCCCUGUCCCGUUUUCCCUUCCAGGCCCACCCGCCCCAUCCAAUGGGUUUGAACUUUAUAUUUCAAAAUCGCAAAAGAAAAAGGAAAAAAAUACCAGCAGCCCUGGUAUUUUCUGGGCCUCCUGAGGCAGCUGCCUCCCUUUUGCUGGUGUCUGAGAUGGGCAUCUCCUCCCAGCAGGCCUGACCUCUCCCUGGCUGGCUCUCUGCCCUCACGGGGAAACCUACAAGGGCCCAGGCCACAGAGGGGGCCCCAGGCUGUGUGCCUGGGAGCACUUUGGAGCUGGGUGAGGCUAGAUGGAGGAGGUGGUUUGGUCAGAGGCAGGGGGAUGGAGCGGGGUUGAAGGUCAGGCCCUGAGGCACACAUCUGGUGAGCCCCACUCUCUGUGACAGAGGUCCUGCUAAUCCUGUGCCCUUAAGUCAUUGUUCCAAUUUCCAGCAGCCCUGGGAUAUUUAGGGGAAAGUUCCUAUUGGCAGAGAGACCUCCUGGAGUCAGGAGCAAGGCUCCUGGAGUCCUGGCCCAUUCUUCCCUCCCUGUCCUGUGACCUUGAACAAGUCAGCCCUGGGUACCCCAGUUUCACCCUGCUGGGAAAGGGGGCUAGUGAUUUCAUUUCCUUUCUACCAUCCAUCCCUACACUUCUACAUGCCCACCCUUCCCAGCUUUGCCCUCCUAAUGUCCCUGGUGACCCUUUCUGUCUUACUGGGCUUAGUUGUGUGACAUCCACCUCUAUGUUAGCACAGGUGAGAAAUGUGGCCAAACUCAACAGGGGUGGCAGAGGGAGAGGGCUGGAGUGGGGCUUGUCCACAGCUCCCAGGCAGCUUUGGAGAGCUCCAGUCCAACCCCCUCUCCUCUGGGCAGGCCUCUGUGCAUGUCUGGGGACAUUUAGCAUUGUCCCCACUUCCACAGGCUCCCUCCAAUGCCAUAAGGAGUCUUGCAGGACUCCUGGAGUCAGUAUAGAAGGUAUGGGGACCACUUCUUAACACCUGGCAAAUGCCUCCAUCUACCUGAUCUCCGCCUGGGAACAGACAAAACGACCAGUUACCCAGAUAUCUGUUUCCUUUCUAGUUUUGUGGGCUUCUCAGGACUUUGGCAUUGCUGUGUUUGAACACCCUUAACGUUGCCCCCACCUCCAUCCCCUGGCGAGGAAGCUGGGUGACUGGUGUGGGGAGUCAGAGCCUGGCUCCAGCCUGGGAUGGAGGGCUCUGAGCAAGGGCUGUCCGCACAUUCUCCAGUGUGGAGCAGAUCCUGAGAAAGAAGACGACUCUGCUAACCCAGUGCCUUCCUGGUCUCUCCCUUUGCUGCCCUUCCCUCCCUUUUCUUGCUGAGUUUUGCUUUUGUUUCUCAGUAGCCCCGAAGCCUCUGCAUGGAUGGCCCAGGGCUAGUGUCCCCAUCCAGGAGCUGUGGGCACAAGAGACUUCGGCUCUUCCUAUAGCCUUGGCUUCUUCCCCGAACAAACACGCACACACAAAACAAAAAGGCCAGAGAAGACCACAGACUCUGUCGCUCUGCCAGCCCCCUCCGAAAAGACCUCUGACUCCACACAGCACCAGACGCCCUGACGGCCAGAGGGGACUGCUGCGGACACCCUCCUGUCCUCAGAUGCCAUCUGUCUGGGCAGUUGCCGCUCAGAUUCCCAUCUCCGUUUCUGACGCUCGCUUCUGGGACCCACCAGCCAGCAUGCCCAUGUUCCCCCCCACCCCCACCCCAUCAGCCAAGGGAGUGGGGCUGACCCAAACUUUAAAACGAGGAAAAAACCCGAUUUGAAUCCAGUGGUGUUGGGGCUUUGGUUUUUAUUUUGUAAAGGUAAUGACUUCUUAUAAACUCAAUUUUUCAGAUGA